UGAGAUAUAAAAUAAUCCUUUCUCAAAAAAAAAAAAAAAAAAAUUUAUAUAAAAUAAUCCAUUUACGAAAACAAUUAAAAGGAAAAAACAAAAUUUUGGUUAAUAAGAACCGCGCGUCGCUUUGUAUUUAAAACAAGCACACGGGUUCAGUUGUUACUAUUUCAAAACAUUUUGGCUGCAGUCGACUCAAACAAGCACUCUCUUUUAACUCCAAAAGAAAAUCAUGUCUUGCCAGACGGAGGAUCAAAACCCUAGGUUCUUCAUUGCCGUCCAUGUCGGCGCGGGUUAUCACGCGCCAUCCAGCGAAAAACCACUCAGGUCCGCCAUGAAACGCGCUUGUCUCGCUGCUGCUUCUAUUCUUCGCAAAGGUUCUGGUGGAUGUCUGGAUGCAGUCACAGCUGCCAUUCAGGUUUUAGAGGAUGAUCCUUGGACAAAUGCAGGCAGAGGAUCUAAUUUGACAGAAGAUGGUGUUGUGGAGGGUGAUGCUAGUAUUAUGGAUGGUCACUCGGGAGCAUUUGGAGCUGUUGGAGCAGUGCCAGGUGUCCGAAAUGCCAUCCAGAUUGCUGCCUUAUUAGCCAAGGAGCAAAUGAUGGGUUCUUCAUUGUUGGGUCGAAUAUCUCCUAUGUUCUUGGUAGGUGAAGGUGCCCGUGUAUGGGCAAAAUCCAAAGGCAUUGAUUUGCCAGAAACUAUAGAAGAGGCUAAUAAGUGGCUGGUGACAGAAAGGGCAAAAGCACAGUGGAAAAGGUUCAAAGAGAUGCUGAUGAAUGCCACCACUGAGAAUGAUAUUCCUAAUGAGAGACUUAGUUGUAACUCUCAAGAGACUUCAAAAGUAUUAGAAUUAGAAGCUCAAUUAGGCAAUCCUUCAGAAGGGAAUGGUGGUGGUCAAUGUACUCCAAGUACAUUCGAGGAGAAUUGUAUCAGAGACACUGUUGGCGUUAUUUGUGUUGAUUCUGAAGGACAAAUAGCAUCUGGCAGCUCCAGUGGUGGUAUAGCACUGAAGGUCAGUGGCCGUGUGGGGUUGGCCGCAAUGUAUGGUUCAGGUUGUUGGGCUUCUUCAAAAGGUCUCUUUGGGGCUCCACUCAUUGUUGGAUGUUGUGUUUCUGGUGCAGGAGAGUCUCUAAUAAAAGGAUUUUCAGCCAGAGAGUGCUGUGUUUCAUCAUCAAUUUCUCAGGCUGGUCCUGCCUCUGCUAGCAUGAAAGUGUUAAGUUCUGUUUUGGAUGGCAGUCAAAACAUUAAUGAUAAAAGUGCAGGGAUUUUAGUUGUACAAGCCGAUGCUCCUGUAAAGGCUCCAGGGAAUGCUCCAAAACUAAAAGCAAUAGAGAUUGCAGCCACUUACACGUCCUUGUCUUUUGGGAUAGGGUAUUUUGGGAGCUCCAUGAAACGACCAAAGAAUUACAGAUGUCUCGAUGUCGUUCUUCUUUCAACCUCGUUUGAUUUCUCGAAUAAAAGGAAACUGGAGUAUAAUUUGCUUGCUAAUGUUUUAGGUGUCUGUUCUCCGAAGUACAAAGCAGCAAAGCAAGACACGAAUAGACCAUUUUGAAGCACGAAUUGAUCUUUCUGGGAAAAGUUCUUUGUGAGUGGAAGUAUGGGGUUGUUGGAAUCCAUUUGAGAGCAGGAGAAAGUGUUAUUUAGUAGCUGAUUUUAGCAUUUGUCAAGCGUAUACCUUUAAUAUGUGUUGGAUGAUCAAUAAAUUUGUAAUCGAUUCCUUAUGGACAGAAGGUGUGAAUAACUGAAGUUCAGGUUUUGUAUUUUGAAUAGAAACAGCUAUUUAAGUUGUGGCCAAAAAAUGACAGCGACAGCGUUGAUGGGGAUAAUAAUAGGGACAACAUAUAUUUUCGUCCCUGUACUUAACAACUUUAUUUCAUAUGGUCCUUAUUCAUCUAUUUCA